CCUGUGUGGACGCUGACAGCCAGACUCCCAGCCUCCGGGCAAAUACAGCCCUGAGCCGGUGUCAGCAGCAUCACCAAGUGUUUGCACUUCCUCCCCUGUCUCUCCCUCACUUCAGUUAGCGGGGAAGAAACGAAGCAAGAGGGGGGCUGGCUGCUGGAGAGCCGCCGUUGCCGCUCGCCUUGAGCAAAGCCGCUUCAGCGCCAGCGCGCAGAGCUCUGUGGCAGCGCCCGCCUUUUCCGCUACUUCGCCUCGCUCUCGCCAGUAGCUUGCUCUGCCUGAGCCGCUGCCGCCGCCUGCAGAGCUGCUAGGGAGGCGCGUAUGUUAUUGGGGAUUAAAUGCCUGGCACGAGCCUUGCUGAGUUCGCCAUUCAGAAAGGACUCAUCUAGCUGCAUGGGAGGAAAUGAACGUGGCGGGGAAGCCGUCUCCUCCAGCACAGCUCGAGCGCCCGGACAGCCUCCUCGUCCCCACUUGGACAAAAACUGGUAUUGCAUUGUUAUACGAUGAAAUAUCUGAAAACGCCUAUGAAAUCCGACUGAAGCUGACAAAAGAGGUACUAACAAUUCAAAAACAAGAUGUCAUCUGUGUUAGUGGAAGUGAUCACAGUGCAAAUCACAGAACUGUUAAACUACGUAGACAACCAGUUGGUGGCUUGGGCCUAAGUAUAAAGGGUGGUGCUGAGCACAAAGUGCCUGUCGUCAUAUCAAAAAUAUUUAAAGACCAAGCAGCGGACCAAACAGGAAUGUUAUUUAUAGGAGAUGCAGUAAUACAGGUUAAUGGCAUCAAUGUAGAAGGUGCUACCCAUGAAGAAGUGGUGCAUCUACUGCGGAAUGCUGGCGAUGAAGUUGCCAUCACUGUUCAGUACCUCAGGGAAGCUCCAUCAUUUCUAAAGCUCCCGUUGGGUUCCCCUGGACCGUCAAGUGAUCACAGCAGUGGUGCUUCCUCUCCUCUCUUUGACAGUGGUUUACAUUUAAAUGGAAACUCAACAAACACAGCACCAUCAUCACCUUCUUCACCCAUAGCUAAUGAACCAAAGUAUGAGAAACGCUGGCUGGACACAUUAUCAGUUCCUCUGUCGAUGGCUCGAAUCUCGAGGUACAAAGCUGGAACAAAUAAAUUAAGAUCUAAUGCAUUUGAAGUACUGGCACUUGAUGGAGUUAGCACUGGGAUACUUCAGUAUUUUACAGCCCAGGAGAGUGCUGACUGGCUGAGAGCAUUAUCAACUAACAUCAGUGACUUGACACUACAAAGUAUAAAGAUGUCAAAUAAAUGCUGUUCUCCUUCAGACCAGGUGAUACAUAUGGGGUGGGUGAAUGAAAGGUUCCAAGGAGCAGACUCACCACAGCUCUAUAAAUUCAAGUUCCUGGCACUGAAGGGUUCAUCAUUCUACAUUUUCGGCACACCACCGGUAAGCACAUUAGACUGGGUGCGGGCUGAAAAAAUCUAUAACCUCUGUGAGGUUCUAUUUAAAAUUCACAAGCUUUGGCUUAAUGAUGAUUGCUGGCUACAAGCAAAUUUGUACUUAGGUAUUAAUCAAGACUAUGAGCUUGAAGACCAGAGGCCAUAUUGUUUCAGUGUCGUGGUUGGACAUGGCAAGAGUCAUUAUUUCAAUGUGGAACUAGGGAGUGAACUGGCAAUAUGGGAGAAAUCAUUUCAAAGAGCAAUUUUUUUGGAAGUUCAGAGAACAGGGGCGAAAACCUAUAUGUGUAGCUGGCAAGGAGAAAGCUUAUGUUUCACCUUAGACUUUGCUUUGGGAUUCACUUGCUUCGACAAUAAAACAAAGAAUGUCCUCUGGAGAUUUAAAUUCUCCCAGCUCAAAGGCUCAUCAGAUGAUGGAAAAACGCGAGUCAAACUUCUCUUUCAGAAUACAGAAACCAAACAAAUUGAGACAAAGGAACUAGAAUUUCAGGAUUUGACAGCAGUUUUAAACUGUAUUCACUCAUUUAUAGCUGCUAAGGUUGCAUCGGUGGAUCCAUUAUUUAUAGAUGGCCAGAGCAUUGCAAGAAAAUAUACCUACAGUAAUUAAGAGAAUUCAAUGUUAUGAUUAUGACAGAUAAAUUAUUUUCUUAAAGAAAAAAGUUAUUUCAUGCACAAUAUUGCAAUUCCAUGUGAUUUUAUAAGAGAUCUAUAGUUGUGUUAUCAAUAAAAGUUACUAGUUUUCA